AUGGAAGAACUGUGUGAAAUGAGGGGAAUGGAGCGGCUAUUUAUAGGGAUUCGCGCCUAUGGCCGUCUCACCAAACGAGACAGCGGUCUCGCCACUUUCGCAAGGCGAGACGGCGGUCCCGAAUAUGAGACAGCGGUCUCGACCCUGAAAGGCGAAAAUCCUUAUUUUCAUGCCAAAAAUCCCUCCUAUCCUAGUAUGGGGCCUAAUAGUCUCUCCUAG